AUGAGCAAAGAAAAAGGUGUUUUAAAGGCAUGGGAAGCUACGGUACGCAAGACACAGGCAGCAAAAAAACGCGCCAACAACCUCUUCAGCACAACGUCGGUAGCUCAUGUACAAGGUGACAAAAACAAUGAUGAAAACGACAGCAAAGGAAGCGACAAAUUAUACCAUGUCGAGAAGGUCUUUCCUAACAAUGACUACUACACCGGCCAAUGGUCCAACAACUUUCCCCAUGGACAAGGGAAGUACCUUUGGACUGACGGUUGCAUGUACGUAGGGGAGUGGACCAGAGGCAAAACAACGGGGAAAGGUAGGUUUAGUUGGCCUUUUGGCGCUACAUAUGAAGGCGAGUUCAAGAAUGGUUAUAUGGAUGGGACCGGCAUGUAUAUAGGUUCUAAUGGGAAUACCUAUAAAGGUCAAUGGGUCAUGAAUUUGAAGCAUGGACAUGGCAUGAAGAAUUAUGCCAGUGGAGAUUGGUAUGAAGGAGAAUGGCGGCGAGAGAUGCAAGAAGGUAAAGGGAGGUAUCAAUGGAAGAAUGGGAGUUAUUACACUGGAGAAUGGAAGAAAGGAGAGAUAUGUGGAAAGGGUACGUUUGUUUGGGCUAAUGGGAAUAUAUAUGAUGGAUUGUGGGAAAAGGGGUUGCCUAAAGGCAACGGAACUUUCAAAUUGCUUGAUGGGAGUUCUUAUGUUGGGAACUGGAGCAAAGAUCCAAGUGAGCAAAAUGUGACUUAUUAUCCAUCAGUCUCAUCCUCGGAAGCAAAUCAUGAAUGGGAUCCGCAUGAUAUCUAUAAUGUUGAUUUGGGCGACUACAAGAUUUGUCCUAGCGAAAAGGUUUUGAUUUUGCCAUCGCAAAAGAAGCUGGCGUUUUGUAGGUCCUCCAAGUUUGAGGAUAGUUUGAAGCCUACGAGAACCUCGACUGAUGGGAAGGUGAGCAUGGGCAUGGAGAAGCCAUUGGAUAGAUUGCACAUGUGGGAUGGUGAUGGUGAUGGUGAUGAGUCUAGUGAUGUUGCUGGUAGGAUUCCAAUGGUGGAGAAUUUGGAGGAUGAUUUGUUGGAUCUGCAUAUCAAUGAUGUAAGUCCAAGGGGGCUACCAAUGGCAGUGCCAAGGAGAGCAGAGAAACAAGGAGAGACAAUAUCCAAAGGGCACAAGAAUUAUGAGCUCAUGCUCAAUUUGCAGUUGGGAAUCAGGCAUUCUGUUGGAAGACCUACUCCAGCUACAUCCCUUGAUUUGAAGCCUUCCAAUUUUGACCCCAAGGAAAAGGUAUGGACUAGAUUUCCUCCAGAAGGAUCCAAGUACACCCCACCACAUCAGUCUAGUGAAUUUAGAUGGAAGGAUUACUGCCCAUUGGUCUUCAGGACUUUAAGGAACUUGUUCAAUGUGGACCCAGCUGAUUACAUGAUAUCAAUAUGUGGGAAUGAUGCUCUUCGGGAACUCUCUUCUCCUGGUAAAAGUGGUAGCUUCUUUUACUUGACCAGUGAUGACCGCUACAUGAUAAAGACUAUUAAAAAGGCAGAAGUAAAAGUGAUUUUAAGGAUGCUUUCUGCCUAUUAUAACCAUGUUCGAGCCUUUGAAAACACACUAGUAACCAAAUUUUAUGGCCUGCAUUGUGUUAAGUUAAUUGGGCCUAUCCAGAAGAAGGUACGCUUUAUCAUAAUGGAGAAUCUCUUUUUCACUGAAUAUACCAUCGAUAAACGCUUUGACUUGAAGGGAUCUUCCCUUGGCCGCACAACAGAUAAGCCUAAGACAGAGAUUGAUGAAACUACCAUCCUUAAAGACCCUGAUCUGAACUUUAUUUUCCAACUACAGAAGUCAUGGUUUCAAGAGUUUUGCAGGUGA